CUUUAUUUCCUACAAGACAAAACUGCGGGCGUAACUACUAGAGUAGACCACACUAGUCGAGCACAGGCGGUAGCUCAGGCCGUAUGAUCCGAGCACCGAUCAGCCCACUGAGCAAACAUGGCGGAUGACAAGGAUCCUCUGAAACAGUUGAGAGAUCUGACGCAUCUCAAAUCUCAGCUGGAGGAGAUCCAGAGGCGAGUGGAGAGCGAGGCCUCUUUAGGAAUUCCUCAGGGAGGCUCAGUUUUGGGAUCUCCACUUCUGAAGGGCUUCCUGGCCGGCUAUGUGGUGGCCAAGCUACGCUCCUCUGCCAUCCUGGGAGUGCUGCUGGGAACUCUAACUGGCAUUUACGCGGCACAGAGCUAUCAAGUGCCCAACAUCGAACGGACAGUAAAAGAUUAUAUGAACACCUUUAAAAAGGGACCAAAGUAAUCUGGGCCGACUGCUCGUCCUCACCGUGGCAGAGCAGACACGAGAGGAAGUGGUGUUGCAGCUGCUCGACCGUCAGUGGCUUGUGGCAGAUCAUCAAGAUUUCCUGAUAUAACUGGAUCUUCAUUCGGGACUUAAAGAGUGGGGUGCUGUUUUCUUAUCAGUAUUAUUGCUUCAUUUUUCCAGUUAAAUGCAGAUCUGUUACUUCUUCACUUGUAAUCGUUUGAUCUUAAGACAAUAUGUAAUACUUUGUGCCUACAAGGUUUGGUCCAGAUAAUUUCACAAAUCAUCUUUGUUUUGUUGCCUGGAGCAACUUUCUUUAGCCCAUUAUAUUUAGAAUCAGCCAUUUUAAAACAGGCAGCAAUGUUUCCGAACCUUUUUAAUUGUUGAGCUGAAGUAACAUAAACAGAGUUAUACAGAUAAUGGUACGUCUAAAGUAUAUUAUGAAUGCUUUUUAACUGGUUGAGAUUUAGAGUUGUCCAUUUU